GCGGCCGGGGUCGCCUCGGGAUUGCAAGCCCUGUUUGCUCGUCCUGCUGAGGACUCCCUGCUUGUUUGCUUUUUUCCUUAAUGGGAAGGAGAGCGUAAGGAAGGAAUGGCCAGAGUACUGGCUGGACGCCAUUUCUGAGUGGGGAGCACAGUAGCAAUUCUAUUUUCUUCUGUUGCUACUUUAGGUUGAGCUUGUUUCUGAAAGCUCCUCCUCCCUUAAUUGACCAGUGGGUUUGGCAGAAUUUGGCUGAAUUGAAGCUUGUUCGUUUGACCCGCCCCAGGUCCUCUCUCCGCCUCCCCACCCACGUUCCUCCUUUCUUUCGCUUCUUUUCCCUUCCUUCCUUCCUUUUUUUAAUUUUUUUUUUUUUUGAGGACACGUUCUCCAUCCCUGCGCAGGAUGGAAGUUUUGAAGACUUGUGUACUUAGAAGAAAUGCUUGUGCCGCCGUGUGCUUCUGGAGAAGGAAAGUUAUCACGAGGCCACCAUAUAGAGGCAUUAGUACUACGUCUGCGAGGAGCACUGUCAUGCCCGCUUGGGUGAUAGAUAAAUAUGGAAAGAAUGAAGUCCUUCGAUUCACCCAGAACAUGAUGUUACCUAUCAUACACUAUCCAAACGAAGUCAUUAUCAAAGUCCAUGCUGCCAGUGUAAAUCCUAUAGAUGUUAACAUGAGAAGUGGUUAUGGGGCCACAGCUCUAAAUAUGAAACGUGAUCCCUUGCAUAUGAAAACCAAAGGAGAAGAAUUCCCUCUGACUCUGGGUCGGGAUGUCUCUGGUGUGGUGAUGGAGUGUGGGCUGGAUGUGAGGUAUUUCCAGCCUGGAGAUGAGGUCUGGGCUGCAGUUCCUCCUUGGAAACAAGGCACUCUGUCGGAGUUUGUCGUGGUCAGUGGGAAUGAGGUUUCACACAAGCCCAAAUCACUCACUCACACUCAAGCUGCCUCUCUGCCGUAUGUGGCCCUCACAGCCUGGUCUGCCAUAAACAAGGUCGGGGGCCUGAAUGCCAAGAAUUGCAUGGGAAAACGUGCGCUAAUCUUGGGGGCGUCAGGUGGAGUUGGUACUUUUGCGAUACAGGUAAUGAAGGCGUGGGGCGCUCAUGUGACGGCAGUUUGCUCGAAAGACGCCAGUGAGCUUGUGAGGAAGCUUGGGGCAGACGAAGUCAUCGAUUACACGAUGGGCAGUGUGGAGGAGCAGCUGAAAUCUCUAAAACUGUUUGACUUCAUCCUUGAUAAUGUAGGUGGAUCGACUGAAACAUGGGCUCUAAAUUUUCUCAAGAAGUGGUCAGGAGCCACCUAUGUGACUCUGGUGACUCCUUUCCUCCUGAACAUGGACCGACUGGGCAUUGCCGAUGGCAUGUUGCAGACUGGAGUCACUGUGGGCACAAAGGCACUGAAGCAUCUCUGGCAAGGAGUCCAUUACAGAUGGGCCUUCUUCAUGGCCAGCGGCCCGUACCUAGAUGAGAUUGCAGAGCUGGUGGAUGGGGGAAAGAUUCGGCCGGUUAUCGAGCGGACCUUCCCUUUUUCUGAAGUCCCCGAAGCCUUCCUGAAGGUGGAGCGCGGCCACGCCCGAGGAAAGACGGUGGUCAACGUAGUUUAAAUAGAUGCGUUUAAAUGGGUGCAUGUGGCCAGCCUUGGAGUCGCUGGUCUCCUCGCUGAGUGCCUCUGAUCAGACAGCUAGCCCUCACCGGAUAUUCUCCGGUUAGACUUUAAGCUUCGUGAUCUAUUCAAAAACCUAAGCAUGGACUGGUGAGAGCGCUCGGCAGGUCAGGUUGCCCGCAGUGGAAGCAUGGCCUCCUGGGGUCAGUUCCCGGAGCCCACACAAAGGAAGGGGAAAGAACUGAUUGCACCAAAUUGUUCUCUCACACCCCGUGUACACACCUCCUCAGUGAUCAAGAAGAUACACAGUGCGUGUGUGGGCACACUCGCCAGGCACACUUGUGGACCUCACAGGGAACCUUCGGUGGUCAGGGCCUCUACCAUGUAGAACCCAGGGCAUAAGGUUUGGCGGCAGGUGCCUUUACCCACUGAGUCAUCGCACUGGCCCAAUAAAAAACUUUUAAAAAAA